AUGACUCCGCCUCACAGCCUCCCCCUUCACUUCUCACGCUUCAUCUCCGCAGUCACGCGCCUCUCCGCAGCGUUAUCCGCCGCGUGCUGCGUGCUGCUUCUCGCCUCCGCCGCCUCCGGCGCCGCCCCCGCAUCGUCCCUACUACCGUCCGCCCGGCACGCACUUUCCCCUCUUCACCAGCCGGCAUCACGCGACGAUGAGUCAUCAUCGUCGAAUCACGGCUCGUCCGCCUGGUCGCUGCUACACCCGUUUCUCGAUUUCGACAACUCAGACAAUCUUGGCGGCGACUCCGGGGACUCGUCGCUACUAGAACAGCCGCAAGCGGCGCGCUCCCCGCCUCAUCGCCUGCUCGUCGUACAGCAACAGCCCAGCGUCGCCGCUACCGCAGCUGGCGUCGCAACGAGUGCUCACGUCAACAAGCCUCCGCCGCCGCCGCCUGCGCCGCCGCUGCGCGAGGUGGAGCUCGACCCGUGCGCGCUGCAGGCGCUGCUGCCGCAGCUCUUUCCGCCCGCUCUCCUCGACCCCACCUGCUUCAACCACCUCUCGCUGCACUCCGCGCAGCCCUCCUCCCCGCUCGACUCCCCCCCGCACGGCGGCGCGUCCACGUAUCCGUUGAGCGACAGUGGCAGCGGCGGUGGCGGGGAGGACGAGCCAGAGACGGCGACGCGGGGCGAUCUGCUGGACGUGGCGCGCAACAAGUGGCGCGCCAGCACCGUGUGGGCGCCGCUGGAGGCGGAGGGCAGCGCGGAAGGCGCGGGAGGCGCGGGGGUGAUGGGGGAAGUGGAGGUAGCGAGGGUAGCGGGGGUAAUUGGGGGAGUGGGGUUAGCGGGGGGAGCGGGUGUAACGGGGGGACCGGGAAGAGCGGAGCCGGCGGCGGCGGCGGCGGCGGCGACUCUCACCCCCCCGAAUGAAGUGAUCACCGUGUGCCGCUCCGCUGGUAGGGCUCGCAUGGUGGCUGCCGGUGAUGGGGGCAUAGCCAUCAUCCUUCCUCCUCACCGUCCCCUCUCUCCCUCAUCGCCACCCCCAGCCAGCAUGCCCAUCCCCGUCGACCUCACCUGCCCAGCCACCACCACCAUCAGUCCGGGCGUCAUCUGUGAACGCUACCCAGCCCCGGCCAGCGUCACCAUCAGUCCGGGCGUCUUUUGCCCAGCCAGCAUCACCAUCAGUCCGGAUCUCAGUGGGCAGACCUGGAGAGGCUGGGGCACGUCGUUGGCGUGGACUGGCAACUACAUUGGCAAGCUACCGGACGACCAGCUGACCACGCUGCUGGACCUGCUCUUCUCACCGUCCACGGGAAUCGGGUUCAACCUCGCGCGCUACCUGCUGGGCGCCAGCUUCAACGCCACCAACAGCCCGCAGCUCACCAAAGACACCUUUCACCAGGUCAACCUCCCCGGCUACAAGCCGACCGAGGCCGGCCCGUACGACUGGGCAGCAGACUGGCGGCAGCGGAAGGUGGUGAAAGGAGCGAUGGAGCGCGGGUUGGAUGAGGUGGAGGCGAUAGCGUAUUCCCCCCCUUGGUGGAUGACCAUCAGUGGGGACACCGCGGGGAAUGUGGGCGGAGCGUCGAACCUCUCACAGGAUAGGUACGGCGAGUUUGCCGAGUAUCUAGCGACCAUAGUGGACCAUUUCCGGCGGGAGUGGAACGUGACGUUCAGCACGAUGAAUCCGGCGAAUGAGCCGCUGGAGGGGUGGUGGCAGCAGGGGGGGAAGCACGAGGGGUGCACGUUUACUGCUGCUGAGCUGGAGCGGCUUUGUAAGGUCGUGGCGGCUGCGCUGAAGCGGAGGAAGCUUCCCACGCAAGUCGCGGGGUUCGACAGCUUCGUCGGGUUUACGGUGCGAAACGCAAAGAAAUGGACAGGGCAGCUGCUAUCCAGCCUGAAAAGGAUAUCUGUGCAUGGGUAUGUUCCCCCGCCGCCCACCACAACCGACACAAGGGAGUAUAUCGAGCAGCUCUAUGUGUGGUUGGCGCGGGUGGGGAUGGGUGUGGGGAAGGAGGUGUGGGUGUCGGAGAUUGGGCCGAUGUGGGCGGGAGGGGAGGACACCGACGUGGGGUUGUUCAUGAUGCGAUCGGCGAUCCAGGCUAUCAACAUCAUGGGUGCCUCGGCGUGGAUUUACUGGCAGCCGAUCGCGCCGACCCUUCCUUCCAACCCUAAUAUGUUCAAGUGGGCGCUGCUCACAAUAAAGCACAACGGUGUUUCGGACCCUACGGUCAUUCCGCUGGAAAUGACGUUUUCAAAAAAGUUUUACAUGAUGAAGCAGAUGGCCCGGGCGUCGCCGCGAGGGAGCGUGCCGCUGAGAAUAGACACGAGCGACGGGUGCCACCACUGCAUUGCGUCGUUCUUCAACCCCGAUAAGAACUUCAUCUCUAUCUAUAUAGUGAACCAGGAUGGUGGGGACUACAUUAUUUCAUUCAAAUUCGAGUUUUUUGGGCUGAUGGAUGGGGGAAGCCCGUGUGUGGUGGAGGUGCAACGGACGUCUGGAAGCGAGGAUGCAGAGGUGGUUUCCACCGAUAGUCUCACUGAAAUGCCGCAGACUCUGCCUGUGACCGCAUUAGGCAGAAGCAUCACUACUAUAAUGAUAUCCAAUGUUGUAUGGUUGUAG